AAGUGUUGUACCUUUGAAACCUGGAAUGACAAUCUCAAAGGUACAAUCCCUGAAAACACGACGUCCUGAAAAUCGUAGCUUAAGAAAAAAACACCCAAUCACAUUCAUUUUUCUAUUUUCUUUCUUGUAAUAAAAGCCCUGUUUUUAACUCUAUCCUUGUUUCUCUCUUUCCGUUUUUUUCACCUCUUAAGACUUAUCGGACCGUCGGUCGUUUCCCCAUCUUCGUAUCGUUGAAAUCAAGAAGAAAUUCAAAGAUCCAUAUGCUAUAAUCAGUUUGAAGGGAUUUUGUGAAGCUGCAAAAUAGGGGAGUAAAGAUGGUGAAGAUGACAAUGAUUGCUCGUGUUACUGAUGGUCUUCCUCUGGCGGAGGGACUAGACGAUGGUCGUGAUCUGAUAGAUGCUGAAAUGUACAAACAGCAAGUUAAGGCUUUGUUUAAGAAUCUCUCCAAGGGCCAGAAUGAGGCUUCAAGAAUGUCUGUUGAAACUGGCCCUUAUGUAUUCCACUAUAUCAUUGAAGGACGUGUUUGUUACUUGACAAUGUGUGACCGUGCUUAUCCUAAGAAACUUGCCUUUCAAUAUCUGGAAGACCUCAGGAAUGAAUUUGAGCGUGUUAAUGGAGCUCAAAUUGAAACAGCUGCCAGGCCUUAUGCCUUUAUUAAAUUUGAUACAUUCAUACAGAAGACGAAAAAGUUGUACCAGGACACCCGUACACAACGGAAUAUUGCAAAGUUGAAUGAUGAACUCUAUGAAGUUCACCAAAUAAUGACUCGCAACGUACAAGAAGUUCUUGGUGUUGGUGAAAAGUUGGACCAGGUCAGUCAAAUGUCCAGUCGUUUGACAUCAGAAUCUCGUGUAUAUGCUGACAAGGCAAGAGAUCUAAAUCGACAGGCUUUAAUUCGGAAGUGGGCUCCUGUUGCCAUUGUGUUAGGAGUUGUCUUCCUCCUCUUCUGGGUGAAAUCAAAGUUAUGGUGAUUCCACUUUGCUUCAUAGCACUCGUCAUGGAAUUUCUUGGGUUUCUCUAUGUUGCUGUGGAUAACUUCUUGAGACCAAACAUUGGAGUGGAUUCUGGUAUUUGCUCAUAACACAAUUCGGCGAAGUCUAGGGACAUUUGCAAUGUGGAACUGUGAAAGAGGGACCCUACCUUAAGAGAAUUAUGUUAAAGACAAAACUAUUCUUUCUAUAUGUAAAAGCCAGAAUACAACAGCAAAUAGUAAAUUACUUAAAAGCUUCGUGUGGUAAUUAUUUUAAGUAUUAGCACAUUAUUGCCAUUUUCCUUCUAUGGACUUACUAGUGUUUAUUUACUCAAUCUAUGGCCCACCACGUUCCCGAGGCAAUGUAUCGAAUUAGUUUUUUUUUUUUUUAUACACUGUGACAAAGCCAUGUUCUCGUCAUUAUUUAUGUUUACUCACCCCCAACCCUGCAUAUAUUUGUAUUUCAUACCUUUAUUUGUAAUUAUUUACAAAUAAAGUGUCGAUAGUUGAG